GGCAGAGGUCCAUUCGCUGCCCUUCGUCGUCGCCUUCAGUAGCUAUGGGGAGAUCCGGGUCUCUGUGCGUCUUCCUGCUGGCAUUGUCCGCUCUCAGCGCCCACGCUCGCUACAGCACGGGCGUGGGAGGCGAGGCGCGUAGGCGUGUGUUCGUCGAGGAUGAAGUCGAGACCAACGCUUAUUCCGAAAGAAGAUUGACAAAAAGAGGAGAGACCGAUGUAGAAAAGAAAACGGGAACACAAACGCAAGAGAAAACGGACGAAGAUGACAUGCGGAUGGCGGAAACGCAAAGGGGAGACGAUAAAGAAAUGGAAAUCGAAGAGGAGAAGAUGAUAGAAAAGGAGAAGAUGGAAAAAAAGGGCGAAAACAUGAUGGAAAACAUGGAAGAAGAAAAAGAGAAAGGAGAAAAUGAAGGAAAGAUGGCAGAACAAGACGAGACAAGAGGAAGUGAAGACGCAAAAGACCAAGAACAAGGAAUGGGAAACGAAGAGGAAGAAACAGAAAGAGAAGAAGCAAAAGAAGAAGAGGAAGAAGAGAGGAGGAUGCCAGGCGGUCCUAUACCCCCAGAACUGCCAGUGCCAAUCCAGGGGUUCAGAGAUGAGGAAGUAGACAACAGUGCCAAUGAGGAGGAGGAGGAGGAGGAGGAUGUAGUGCCAGGGUCAGGCAAAGAGGGCCUGGUGCCAAUCCUCAACGUCGUGCAUGAUUUCAGAUUCCCCGAGGUCGAAGCCUUUACGUACUCCGAGGGCGAGAUCGUCGUCAAGGAACAAACGGGCGUCCUGUUCGACAAGCGCCCGUUUUCUUUGAGAGAAGAACCUUUCGCUCAAGAACGGAUCUCAUCUGGAUGCGGAGGGACGUUCACUGCCUUAACCGGAAUAAUCACGUCUCCUUCGUAUCCGUUCAAUUAUCCGAACAACAUCCGAUGUGUCUACAAGAUUAGUCUUCCGUCCGAGUUCACCGUAGGGCUGGAUUGCAACGACUUUUCAGUGCAACCCGGGGAUAAGGGCUGUGAGAACGACUUCCUGGCGGUGUCGGACAACGGGGGACCGGAGGAGCCGACCAAUCAAUUCUGUGGCGACAAAGCUAUCGCUGCCUUUUCCUCCAGCAACAACCUGACUCUCGUGUUCCAGACAGAUUCGACUUAUAGGUACAGAGGCUUCAUGUGCCGGUACAGAGCGCUCAAUGCUGAUGGUACAGGCGCAGUGGGGACAGUCACCACAAACAACACGGCAGCUGAACACACAGUCAUCUGCACAGGACCCGGAGAUGACGGUUGGGCAGGGAAGUGUGGGGUGAGCAACAAGAAAACCAGAAUAGUCGGAGGAGCUGCCACCACGGAGCACGAGUUCCCUUGGAUGGUUGCCGUGCUGAAGGUAUGUGGCAAAUACAUGGAACACUAUUGCCACAUAUGCGGAGGAACCAUCGUUCACAGCCAAUGGAUUCUCACUGGAGCUCACUGCCUCGUUAGCGUACCAGUUGAAACCAUAGCCAUGUUGCUGGGAGACCACAACCUGUACACUCUGACACCGUCGCAAAAGUUCUUCCGUGUCGAGGCAGUUUAUGUACAUCCUGACUUCAAUAUACCAUCGCCACUCAACAAUGACAUCGCGUUGGCUAAACUUCCCCAGAGCAUUGCUUUUAGUCAGCACGUGGCGCCCAUCUGUAUUCCUCCGAGGGACUACAUCGACCUCCUUAACCUCCUCCCUCGCUCGUUGGAGGAGGAGACUACCACGCCCGUAGCCAGGGUCAUCGAAGGUCACGAGGACAUCCAGGGUGUCAGGCAAGGGGUAACUACGGAAGUUCCCAAGUCUCACACGAUUAUUCACAAAGCCUUCGAAAACCGCAACGUCUCCGUUUUCGGCUGGGGAACCAUCGACGACGAUGGCACCGUGGCCCAGAUGCUGCGUGGAGUGUCCGUCCAGAUCCUCCCCAACGACUUCUGCGACUAUUACUACGGCCUCAUGACUGAUACCAUGAUGUGUACGUCGGGCGAGGGCGGCCAUGGACCUUGCAGGGGAGACAGCGGGUCACCAGCCCAGAUGCUGAUGGUGGACGGGCGCUGGCUGCAAGUGGGCGUGCUGGCUUUCGGGGCGGCGUACGGAUGCGAAGUGGGUUAUCCUUCAGGCAACGUCCUCCUGCCGUUCUACGUAGGAUGGCUGGAAUACGUGACAGGAUUCGAUUUCUCGGAGUAUUAUUAAAGAGGGUUGAACGAGGCGGGAUUCGCUCGGGAGUCGCGUGAAUCGGUUUCGGUCUCGGUUUCGAUGCGUUUUUGUUUUCUUGUAUUUUUUUUCUUUUUCUUUUUCUUUUCCUCGGUGCUUCGGUUCAAUUCAAGACGAUUGAGAUUUUCAUUUUCAUUUUUUUUUCUUUUUGGAUUAUUUAGGAUUCUUGAUGUGAAGUAUUUCUGAAAAAAAAGAAAAAAAAAGGGUAAUGAUAAUUUGAAUAAUUUCGUUCCGUUUGUUUCGGAGCUUCGGUUGAUGCAGGACACGUAAGGACACGUUGAGGAUUUAUGUGUCCUUGAUGUGAAGUAUUACUGGAAAGAAAUGUUCAUAAACCAGUAGGAUUUUAUUGUUUUCGGCUCCUUUGAAGACUAAUGACAAUAGGAUUUUUUUUUAUAAAUUCUCUUUAUUGAUUACAUUUUUAAUUAAAGACUUUAAUGAAGGAAUUUAUUUGAUGUAUGUAAACGACGUUUUUUUUAGAUUCCCUCUUAUCAUAUUAAUAAUUUUACUAUACCUUGACGUAAAAAAAUGCAACACAUAUGGAAUCAAACAAGUUCAAAGCGUAACAUUUUGCUGCAUACCAAAAAAAAAAAAGGAAAAAAGAAAAGAAAAUAAUGCCUAUUUUUUUUAUCCAGAUUCUUUUUUUCGUCAAAGUUUCUGCAUUUCAACUGGGAAAAAAAGUAUUGACAUGAUACAGAAUUUUAAACAAAAGAGUUUCAAGGAGUUUUUUACCAGUACACCUCAUUUUAAAGUUUGAUAUGAGCAGUUGGACUGAUAUAUACAUACAUACAUACAUACAUACAUAUACGUACAUAUAUAUGUGCGCACACAUAUAUAUGUGAUUGUGUGUGUGUGGAUAUGUUAAGGAAAAAAAGAAAACUAUAUACUUUGAUUGUAAAUGUGCAUUUGGCAAAGCUACCUGUGAUAUGUUCUUUAAUAUGUUUGUUUCUUGCAAGUAAU